UGCUGUUUUGAAACUUCAACGAGACCCACGAGGCGUCCCGUUACGACGAGAAUGUCCAAGUUGGCACUUUUGCAGAAUAGACCUGCUUGCCACGCCACAAAUGGUGCUCCGCAUGAGCAAAAAAAACACCACACAGUCUCUACCUUCCCCCGCCCGCCCCCACUUUCUGUCUCCGUUGCACUCUGUCUCCUUGAAGGGUUGUUUUCGUCGAGCACCUCCAACCGAGCACACCGUGUUAAUCUAUUCUGUCAACGCCCACGUCGUUCCACGGUAGUAACCGGCGGCGAAAAUCCCGUGUACCAUAGCCACCGUGGGAGCGACCCCCCCCCACACACACACACACACACGCCACCUCCCUCUCUCGUGACGGUUUCCAGAAAGGUACCCCCACCAAACGUGGCGAAUCCGAUACCUGGGGUAGGCGUUUCGCAGAGCGGUGGCGGUGGCAGCGGCAGCGGCGGUCGGGGGUGCGGGGCCACCCCCCUCGGGACAGGUGUUGGCUCAAUUGAGGACGACUGUGCGCCCGGCUGCCGUUGUUGUUUGUGUGGCCACUUGCCCCCAAGUUCGCGGUAGGGAAAACUUUCCCCUCUUGCCUGGGUGCACGCCGGGGAUUGGCAUCGUGCGUCCCAUAUAAGCGUGUGCACGUAUGUGCGGGCAAGGAUCACGAGCAAGGUGGACGUGACCUGCCUCAACUUCUUCCUCAGGGAGCUCAACGCGGUAUACAGCUUAGUCCCGUAGAGUAACUGCACGUCCAAACCUAUCACAUUGUUGACCAAUCGGAUCUGAGUGUUUACGUCUCGCUCAGUGCCUCCUACGGCAUCAGCAGUUGUCGACGUCAUCAUCAUCAUCCCCACGACGGCCACCACCAUCACAAUCGUCGACGUCGUGAAAACUCGACACCGGAACUCACCUGGCUUCGCCGAAUCCUGUGCGUUGUGUCACAUUUGUCGAGUUUUUGCAAGGAGGCUUUGUUCUACUGGCGACGGCGCAAAACUUGCUAUUUGGUUGUUUCGAUGGUGCUUAUUUUGUUUUGUUCGCCAUCUCCUUCCUUCCCAGUUCGUCCCGCUGACGACGCGAGGCAUCUUGAGGGACGCUCUUAACCCUAUGCCGGCGGCCCUGACGGAACGAUUAUUCCACGGAGACGAGGAGUAUAGAAGACAGGUGACACGUGCUUCUGACAGAGGAGUGCUCUCUGCCUGCACCAUGCGCAAAGCAGAUGGAGCAAAAGGCGUCCGAAAGAACCAUGGAGCACUCAAAGUUAUGAGGAAAGCUGCGGUGGUAUCUCACAACCCUCCCCUCCCCCAGGUGGUAGGAUACCUGCGCAACGUGCUGGAGGCCCUGACCAACUCCUUCGACUUCGUCAGCUCCGAGACGAUGAGCGCCUACAUGGUGACGGCCUACUGCCACGAUCUCAUGGGAAACGCGGCGGCUAUAGGCAGAUUCUUGGGGGUUGGAUGUGGAUCAAGCCCAGACGACAUGAUCGGCAAGUUUGCUGAGCAGCUGGAGUAUACGCCAAGUAGAUGGAGGGAAGGGGUGGUUGUGAACUUGUUUAAGAAAGGAGACAAGACUGACCCAGGAAACAACAGGGGGAUCACACUGUUGAAUACAGUAGGAAAAGUGUUCUGUAAGCUGCUGAACGAUAGGAUAGUGGGAGUAUUGGAGAAGGAACAUAGCAUUAGUGAGGGCCAGGCAGGUUUCCGAAAGGAGAGGGGGUGCGUAGACCACGUGUUCACGGUAGGGAGAAUCAUCCAAGGUAGAAAGAGGGCGGGAAAGCCGACGUACACGUCAACAACUCAGGUCGCACUCGCCGAUUAUGUCGGCAACUACAUGGAGUUCGCGGAGGCGGUGGCGACGCAACUCCCGCAGGUGACGGUGGACCACGAGCUGGUGUUUCAGUUCUACCGCGUGUGCUCGGAGGUGCACAACUGCACCCUGUCGGCUACACCCAAGCUCCUCCAGCACGCGGGCGCGGCGGCUCCUUGCUACCAGGCGCGCUCUCUGGAAAGUGUCCGAUUCAUGGUGCUCAACGUGCUGACAUACGCCUUGUACGACCUGGCCCAUCUUGCCGCGGAGGAACUCACCAACACCAUUUCCAAGGCGCAGGCGAGUACGAUGGCCUUUGCGGUGAUGGCGGAGUUGAACUCCCUCUUGCCGAUCCUGACACGUGCUGACGGCAUGAGCCGGGACAACUCGUCCUCGUUCGGAACUCUCGGCGUCGUGCUCGUUAAGGGGGUACUGGCCUACAUCUUGCUACGUUUGGGUAGGAGCCAAGACGGGCUGGAGGUAUUGGAGCCGGUGGUGGGCAUCCUGGCGGAAAACCCGGGGCUCCUGCGGCAGGUCAUGUGCUGGCAUUUGUCGCACUGCAUUCUGCUUGCGCUUACGAAGCUCGAAUCGCUAUGGGCCGCUCUUGAAGCCUCCCAUCGGACUAUGCCUGUG